AUUUGUUUUCAAUCGUCAUAAUAAUUCUUGAAACUAGUCACUGAGUUCCAUGUUCUUUCCGAUCUUCGUGUUGCCGACGGGCAGUUCGUUCGUUACUUUUAAUCUUGUUCACCAAGUAUACUGCCGGCACUUGUAUUUCGUAACACGGCAGGCACCACGUCACCAGCCGACACAUAACAUUCGCUCAUCCUGAGAUACAGACGGGCCAGCCAGGGUACCAGAUACACUCGUCUUCCUCAGAGUGCGCACUCGAUAUUCACUGCCACUGGAUCCAGACAAGAUUUUGGAGACAUUUCUACACAAUAUCUACUUGGAAAUACCACUCCUAAACCCCCUCAUCUGAGGUUGCACAUCUACGGCGUGCAUUGCAGCAAUGAAGCAAACUUCUAGCCUCGUUCUAGUGCUGACUCUGGGCAUUAACAUGGCCAUCACUACUUUGCCCACCAUUCAAUCUGCUGGUGCUAUACAAUUGCCACCCAGACCUGAAGUUCGAGAGAAGCAGAAGCCGUUGGCGCCAUUAUCAUCGCCGGAUACAGGUUUAGACCACCCUGAGUCCAGUGGUCCGGAAGUUGAAUUGAGCGAGAAAACGACCUCAAGAGGUUGUUUCUGUGCUGGAGGAAAUGUUUGUUGCUAUCGCGACGACUUGGUUGAUUGUAGCUUUGGUAUAUGUGGUUUGGGAGUCUAGACUAUAAGCGCUAUGCUCUCUGUAGGGCUUUCAGGUUUACUAGAUACUCAACUCAAGGUUCCGGGCCGGUGGAUUCGAUCUCGUGGGAACAGGAUACACUUGUGUUAACAGUUCAAGGGCGUAAAGGGCUGCUUUAGGUCUACGAGAAUACAAAACGAUGUUUUCAGGGACAAGGGUACGGCACGACCAAAGCAAGAAUAUAAUUCGACUGCGCAAAAGUUUCCGACUAAAAUUGAGCUUGAGGACUUCUAUGUCUCUUUGGGUUAAGACGGUGGCACUUUGCAAUCAAAGACGAGCUUAGCGAAAAACUUGAUCACCAAAUACCCAACCGAUACACACGGCACUCCGGCUCUCAACAAGUCGCCUUGAAUAAGAAUAUACGGCUUUGGGCUUCUUCAUUUCAUCUAGCAUGGAAUCAGCAAUUAUCACGCUCAUGUAUAUCAUUUAUUGCGAGCAACAUUUCAAAGUAGAUUCUCAACCUCUUGCGAAACUCAUAACAGCAUGUCUUGAGUCCUCUAGUCCACAAGCAUGUCACGAUAUCUAAAUAAUAUUUCUCAGGCUAUUUUACAGAAAUACUGCCCCAAUGUCGCUUCCCAGACAAUUCCGGACAAAAGUUUUCAGUUAGUCAAACUUACUUCGAGCAUGACACAGUUACAUAGGACGCCAAAUGUUUGCUUAGGUCGCCUCCUAGGCUAUUCUGAACAAUCAUAUUUCUGUAGCAUACGUAAACAUUGACGUGUGUUUAUUGUAUUCUCGAAGGAUUGGGGUAGCUUGGAGAGAAUCACCUACCACCUGCCGGAUCGGGAGCCUGGACAGCUUGCCCUUGCGUGCCCGAUGAAGCAAGUGUGCCAGAUACGUAUCAAUGCGUCUUGUUUCCUGAUAGUCCGCGUACCUGAAUCUUCAGAUCUUGUGUGCC